UUGGAGAAGUGAAGGAAGUGGUGAGUGAGAAGGAGUCAGGAAGGAAACUUGUGGGAAAAGACAACCAUCUUCCAGUGGAAGCAAAGUCUGGAGAUCAAGUGGUAUUGACAGGACAGUUCAGAAGGAGAAGAGAAGCAAAAGAGAAGCAAAGGAAGGAAUUGUUUUCUUCUCAGGGCUGACGGAAACCUGAACCAGAGAGGAGACGGAGAAGGCCUAAUGGUGACUUAAGUCAAAACGAAUUCAGCUGCAAAUCGAGUGUUAAAACAUAUGAGAAUGUUGCAAAGUGCUGGAAAAGGUAUAAACGCUUGGAAAGUGGGAAGAGCUCCCGUAGUAGUGCACUAACUAUGCAUCAUACGUUUCAUGCGGGAGAGUGUGGAAAGCGCUUCUUAAGGAAUAGCCACCUAACUGCACAACAGAAGAUUCACCCAGGGGAGAAGACAUAUUCAUGCUUGGAGUGUGGAAAGCUCUUCUCUCAGAAUGCUGACCUAACUAAACAUCAAAAAGUUCAUACUGAAAGGAAGUUGUAUAAAUGCUUGGAAUGUGCAAAGUGCUUUUCUCACAAGCACAAACUAAAUAGGCAUGAAAUGAUUCAUACAGGGGAGAAGCCAUAUAAAUGCAUGGAGUGUGGAAUGUGCUUCUCUCGGAAUUGGCGCCUAACUGUGCAUCAAAGGAAUCAUACAGGAGAGAAGCCAUAUACAUGCUUGGAGUGCGGAAAAUGCUUCUCUAUAAAUGGCAACCUAACUGCACAUCAAAAGAUGCACACAGGGGAGAAGCCAUAUAAAUGCUUGGAGUGUGGGAAGUGCUUCUUUCAGAAUGCUGGCCUAACUGCACAUAAAAUCAUCCACACAGGGGAGUUGCCAUAUUCAUGCUUGGAGUGUGGAAAGCGCUUCUCUCGGAAUGGUAGCCUAACUGCGCAUCAAAAGAUUCACACAGGGAAAAAGCCAUAUAAGUGCUUGGAGUGUGGAAAGUGCUUCUGUUACAAAAACAUCCUAAAGGAACAUCAAAAUAUUCAUUCAGGGGUAAAAUUGUAUAAAUGCUUGGAGUGUGGAAAGUCCUUCUGUCACAGUGCAAACCAAAGUGCACAUCAAAAAAGACACACAGGACAGAAGCCAUAUAAAUGCUUGGAGUGUGGAAAGUGUUUCUCUGCAAGUAACCACCUAAGCAGACAUCAAAAGGUUCAUACAAGAGAGAAGCCAUAUAAAUGCUUGGAGUGUGGAAAGUGCUUCUCUGAGAAUAGCAGCCUAACUGCACAUCAAAAGAUUCAUACAGGGGAGAAGCCAUAUAAAUGUUUGGAGUGUGAAAAAUGCUUCUCUCAGAAUAGCGGCCUAACUGCACAUCAAAAGAUCCACACAGGAGAGAAGCCAUAUAAAUGCUUGGAAUGUGGAAAGUGCUUCUCUCAGAAUAGUGGCCUGACUGCACAGCAAAAGAUCCACACAGGAGAGAAGCCAUAUAAAUGCUUGGAUUUGUGGCAAGUGCUUCUGUCAUAAUGGCAGCCUAUCUGCACAUCGGCAGAUUCAUACGAGGGAAAAGCCAUAUAAAUGCUUGGAGUGUGGCAAGUGCUUCUCUCUGAAGUCUAGUCUAACGUCACAUCAAAAGAUUCACACAGGGGAGAAGCCAUACAAAUGCUUGGAAUGUGGAAAGUGCUUUGCUUGGAGUAGUGUUCUGAGUAGACAUCAAAAAGUUCACAUGGAGAAGUGAUACACGUGCUUGGAGUUUAGGAAUUGCUUUUCUGUGAACAGGAGUCUAAGCAUCGAAAGAUUCAUACAUCCCCCCUCCCCCCAACAUGGUGACUGAAUGAGAAUGCAUAAUUUGUUCCUUCGAACCUCUCUAAAUCAAGGGCUCGUGCCUUCUUCUUUCAGAUAAGGAGCACUCAAGUGACCUGUGCAAUGGUACACAGAGAAAUUAACUGUUCUUCUCCCUCCUUUUAUCUGCGCAAACAUCAAAGUGGCCGUGGAGAACAGCUAGCAAAAAACGCUCCAUACGUUUACCUGAUAUCACCAACUAUACUGUUUCCUAUUAUCAAGAGAACUCUGCUUGCAUAGUCAGUUUGAAACUUUAAUUUAAAAGACUAGAUAGAAACGGUGAUUCCUUUUAUCUUUCUGAUAGCAACCUAGAGCCAACAGAGGAAAAACUGUGAAUGCUGCCUCUCUUCUUUGGUGUCUCUUUUUUUUCCUCUUUAAAGAACACCUCAUUGUGAUAAAAUAAUUUUUUUGCUACCUACUAA